AAUUAAUAACUGCCUGAAAAGAGCAUUGUUUCAUCAUGAAUGCUGAUAAAGAUGAGAGACCAAAGUCCAGAAGCCAUGAUUUUCACAUUUUCCAUGCCUUGAUGUUGCUAAGCUUGAUCAUGCUGUUUCUUCCAGUCAAUGGUAAUUCUAAGCAAAAUAUUCCACGACUCAAAUUAACUUAUAAAGAUUUGCUGCUUUCAAAUAGCUGUAUUCCCUUUUUGGGUUCAUCCGAAGGACUGGAUUUCCAAACCAUUCUGUUAGAUGAGGAGAGGGGCAGGCUACUUCUGGGAGCCAAGGAUCAUAUCUUCCUGCUCAGCCUGGUUGACUUAAACAAAAAUUUUAAGAAGAUUUACUGGCCUGCUGCAAAAGAACGAGUAGAAUUAUGUAAAUUAGCUGGGAAAGAUGCCAAUACAGAAUGUGCAAAUUUCAUCCGAGUCCUUCAACCCUAUAAUAAAACUCAUAUUUAUGUGUGUGGAACUGGAGCAUUUCAUCCGAUAUGUGGCUAUAUCGAUCUCGGAGUCCACAAAGAGGAAGCUAUGUUCAAAUUAGACACACAUAACUUGGAGUCUGGAAGACUGAAAUGUCCUUUUGAUCCUCAGCAGCCUUUUGCUUCAGUAAUGACAGAUGAGUAUCUCUACUCUGGAACAGCUUCUGAUUUCCUUGGCAAAGAUACUGCAUUCACUCGGUCCCUUGGGUCUACUCAUGACCACCAUUACAUCAGAACUGACAUUUCAGAGCACUACUGGCUCAAUGGAGCAAAAUUUGUUGGAACCUUCCCAAUACCAGACACCUAUAAUCCAGAUGAUGAUAAGAUAUAUUUCUUUUUUCGUGAAUCAUCGCAAGAAGGCAGCACUUCUGAUAAAACCAUUCUUUCUCGAGUUGGAAGAGUUUGUAAGAAUGAUGUAGGAGGACAACGCAGCCUGAUUAACAAAUGGACAACUUUUCUUAAGGCCAGAUUGAUUUGUUCCAUUCCAGGAAGUGAUGGGGCCGAUACUCACUUUGAUGAGCUUCAAGAUAUUUAUUUACUCCCUACAAGAGAUGAAAGAAAUCCUGUAGUAUAUGGAGUCUUCACCACAACCAGUUCCAUCUUCAAAGGCUCUGCUGUCUGUGUAUAUAGCAUGGCUGACAUCAGAGCUGUGUUCAACGGUCCCUAUGCUCAUAAGGAAAGUGCAGACCAUCGUUGGGUGCAGUAUGAUGGAAGAAUUCCUUAUCCCCGACCUGGCACUUGUCCAAGUAAAACUUAUGACCCACUAAUUAAAUCCACUCGAGACUUUCCGGAUGAUGUCAUAAGUUUCAUAAAGCGGCAUCCGGUGAUGUUUAAAUCCGUGUACCCAGUGGCAGGAGGACCUACGUUCAAAAGAAUCAAUGUGGAUUACAAACUGACACAGAUUGUGGUGGACCAUGUGAUCGCAGAAGAUGGCCAGUACGAUGUGAUGUUUCUUGGAACAGACAUUGGGACAGUCCUCAAAGUUGUCAGCAUUUCAAAGGAAAAGUGGAAUAUGGAAGAAGUAGUACUAGAAGAGUUACAGAUAUUCAAGCACUCAUCAAUCAUCUUGAACAUGGAGUUGUCUCUUAAACAGCAACAAUUGUACAUUGGUUCCCGAGAUGGAUUUGUUCAGCUCUCAUUGCACAGAUGUGACACUUAUGGGAAAGCUUGUGCAGACUGUUGUCUUGCCAGGGACCCCUACUGUGCCUGGGAUGGAAAUGCCUGUUCUCGAUACACACCCACCUCAAAAAGACGAGCUAGACGCCAAGAUGUAAAGUAUGGAGAUCCAAUAACUCAGUGUUGGGACAUAGAAGACAGCAUUAGUCAUGAAACUGCUGAUGAAAAGGUGAUUUUUGGCAUUGAAUUUAAUUCAACCUUUCUGGAAUGUAUACCCAAAUCCCAACAAGCCUCUAUUAAAUGGUAUAUCCAACGGUCAGGAGAUGAACAUAGAGAAGAGUUGAAACCUGAUGAAAGGAUCAUCAAAACUGAAUAUGGGCUACUGAUUCGAAGUUUGCAGAAGAAGGAUUCUGGGAUGUAUUACUGCAAAGCACAGGAGCACACUUUUAUCCACACUAUAGUAAAGCUGACUUUGAAUGUCAUUGAGAACGAACAGAUGGAAAAUACCCAGAGGGCAGAGCAUGAGGAGGGGCAGGUCAAGGAUCUGUUGGCUGAGUCACGGUUGAGAUAUAAAGACUACAUCCAAAUCCUUAGCAGCCCAAACUUUAGCCUGGACCAGUACUGCGAACAGAUGUGGCACAGGGAGAAGAGGAGACAGAGAAACAAGGGCGGCCCAAAGUGGAAGCACAUGCAGGAAAUGAAGAAGAAACGAAAUCGAAGACAUCACAGAGACCUUGAUGAGCUUCUUAGAGCUGUGGACACAUAGUUAUCUAUUCAAGGAGAAGAAUUUAUCACAAAAAUACGGUCUCCUGUUUUGUACACCUCUUGUACUAACUCAUAAGAGCUUUCUAUGGAGUUUUGCUAAGACUCAAGAACCAUAAACUGAGUAAGGGUAUAGAUGAUGAAUAUGGCAUAGUAAGAACAAAUCAUUCACUCCUGUCAGCCACUUUCCCAAAAACUAAAUUUGUACCAACAAAACAUAGUACUUGAUAUUUAUAAAUGUAGUAUGUUCUGGGUUUUAGAAUGUGUUAUGUCCUGUACAUAACUGAAUGAAACAAGUAUCUAAUUUGAUAUUGGAAUAAGAUAUUUUCUGCCCCUUGCCUGGCCAUUUGUAGUUUACCAUGCAGUUGAGCUAUAUGAACUUUUCUUAUAAACAGAUAAAUCAUUCUGCUGUGUAACUGGCUGUCUGUUGCUAGGAAUUUGAAGGAAGACACAGAUUCACAAAGCUCAUGUUAUCAGCAGAAACCAUUUACUCUCUUGCAUGGUUUAGGAAUUAGGAGGGAUGUGUUACUUUUCCCCUAUUAUGGGGGCAAUAUUUAGCUAAGAAAAGCAUUACUUUGUUGAGGGUACACAUGCCCCUUUUCAGGGUUCCUAAUGAAUUUUCACUAGUGACAGAUUAAUAUAGAAAUGUUAACCCUCACUUUUGAGAAUAUGUGCGUUCUGCAAAUAUAUACUGAGCUUUAAAGAGACAGAAUGCUUAAUAAUCAUUUUAAUAAGAUAUGGAAAAACAAUUUAGUAAAAGAAGACAAACAUGAUGUAUACUGCAUCCUAAUAAGAAAGCAUACAGAUGGGAUUUGUAAGAGACAGAAGGAAAGACAGCUAUAAAUUUUGGCUUUGGGGAAGGCUCAUAUCCCCAUAAAUAGGGAAAAACAAUUGCAAAUAAAGUAGGUGAAAUGGAAAGUAGCUUUAUUCACUAGAGUAUAAACAAUUGCCAAGUUGUUAUCCAUAUGUUUUUAAAAAUAUGGAUCAUGGUACACUGCUAGUGAAAGUCUAAUAAAAGGUAGAUUUACUAAAGUAAAGAAUGAAAAAAUUAUUUACAAACAAUGAAUCUCAGUGUUUGCUUUAUCUCUUUAAAAAAUAUCAUUCUGUAAAUUAUUUUCCUGUUUCUUUCUUGAAUUAUGCAUUAUUGGGUUUUAUUUGAAUGAUUAGGGAAACUAUAUACAUAAAGAGAGAAAUGGCAUUAGGUAAAAAAUUGUGGUGGGGAGUGGGAAUAUAUAUUUGUUGAAUAACAGAACAAAUGCAAAAAUGUUGACAACGGAAAGGGUUAAAUUAACUCUUUGACAUCUUCACACAAUCUUUUUGCAUUUCUGAGAUUAUAGGCUAUAAUUCAAGUAGAAUUAUUUUAAUAAUUUAAUAAUAAAUAAGUCUGCUGCAUGUAAAGUAAACAAACAACAAAACCAUGAACAUUCUCCAUAUUUUUAUUAGACCAUUCAAAUGUCUCCAUAUUGACUUCCCUCUCAAUAUAUAUAUGGUUUGUUUCUGCCUAUUUAAGCAGGGUUCACCUUUUCUUCUUAGAACACAAAACCCUUAGCCUUUCACUGUUUUGCUUUUUCACGCCCUUUUUAGUGUGAAAUGGAAAAUUAGUCACUUCCUCACAUGGAAGGGAGCUUUGCAGAAAACUAAAUAGCAGACAUUGUUUUGUUUCUCAUGCAUUCUAUGUGUCUUGGGAGAAAAACUUAUGAGAUCCUGUCCAACUGAUCAGAGGAUAGCUCAUCACAGACUUCAAUAUGUCUGUGACUACGUUUUUGUUUUGGUGCAAAACAUUCUCUCUAAUAUUCAUUGUAUUUGCAUUUCUUACUCAUCUCAAAGUAGUAGUACUGAUAGAUGAGCUUAAGAUUUUGACAUGCUGCUCAUAAAUAUUUUUAGAUGUUUCGUUAUAAGGAGAACUUAAGGAAGAUCAUUGGUUGUUAUUUUUAGUGCAAGUCACCUUUAAAAAGUUAUGCAUAGUAAUAGUUAUCACAGGAUCAGAGUGCUAAUUGGAUAUCAUAACAAGUGUUUUGUAACUUGAUUUUCUAGGUUAAAAUGUUAUGGAAAUUCAGAAAAUUCAAUGCAAAUACAUGAGAGCAUCUUUUAUUUCUAAAAUAUCUUUAAAUAUUUGUAUAUCAUAUAGUAAUAAUCAAAUUAUGGAUGGUUUUGGGGUAGUUACAUGUUGCUCAAAUAUUAGGAUUUAUUUGUGAAAAUAAAUUAAAUUUUUAUCAAAAUAUAAAUGUCCAAGCCAUUUUUUAAUUCUUUCUUAUUUUAGUUUCCAGACAAAAUUUGGGGAAUUUUGUUUACUUUGCAUCUAAUAUUCUGGAUUUUUGGAUCUAAGAGUCUUUAUUAAUGUU